GUAGUUUCGGGCGUCACGCGUCAAGGUUACAUAACGUUCACUUCACAUUCUGUCAUAUCCAGCACGGUCCACACGAUCGGCGACAGGACUCAGAUUCUCAGUCCCAUACAGUCACGAUCACAUAGCUCCUCAUGUCCAUUACCAACGUCUUGAAAUCCCGCACUCGGGCCAAGUUGCCAGUGCGGCCUCCAAGGGGCCGUAGUGAUCAUAUCUUGUCUACGCAGCUGUCUAGGAGGAUGCUAAGCCCACAUGGGAGUGGACCUUGCGCCACUCGGUUGUUGUUCAGUACUGCCGUAGUCCCGUAUCAUGAUGCUGCCAGUGCCACAGGCGAACACCCAGCGUCAGAGGAAGGUCGACAGCCAAAUUCAAGCGUCGGCGUGUUUUGGGACUAUGAGAAUUGCGCUGUGGAUUCAGAGAGCUCGAUGUUGCGGCUGUCUGCGCUACGCCGAUUGGCAAAGACUUUCGGUCGCAAAAUCACGAUGAAGGUCUACCUGGAUCGCGCGCAGCUAGCUGCGCCUCGUGCUACUGCCAUACGGUCAAGGUUGUAUGCGGCGGGCUUUGAGCUGGUAGACUGCCCUCAUGACGGUAUGAAGGAGGUCAUCGACAAAGCCAUCACGGUUGACAUGUUUAUGUAUGCACUCGACAAUCCGGCGCCGAGUACCUUGCUGCUCAUCUCAGGAGAUCGGGGCUAUGCACCCAUGCUCUCCAGGCUAUCGCUACGAGGCUACAAUAUCAUUAUCGUCACCCCCAUCACUACUGCUAAUGCAGGCUUGCGGCUGGCUCAGUGUCAUUCAGUCUAUGAAUGGUCGGACCAACUCACGCUGUUACAGAGCCAGGAACUUGAACAAGCGCUUCCACGUCAACCUCCAAAAAAGUCUGCGAAAGCGAGUCAAGCGACCUUUACACCUAUACGUACCAGCAAAAAGCUCCCCGAAGGCACCGGCUUCUUCUCGUCUUCCGUGAAACCUACGACCGACACAAAGUCAGACACAGCCACUAGUUCACGCCCGACGAGCGUGCGGAGCUCUGAGAAACAGCCAUACGCAUCAAAGUCGCCCAAGAAUGCCGGCCCUUCCCACAUGUCCAUCGAAGUGGACCCAAUGUUCCAGGCCCUAGUGGACAUCUUGAAGGCGAAUCGGAGUGAGGGCGUUCUAUAUCUCUCCUCUUCGGCGUUGGGUCAAAUGCUCCCGAAGAAGAACCCCAACGUCUUCGGGGACGCGGGAGUGUCCAAGCUGAAGGAAUACACGAUUCUUGCCGAGGAGAAGCAGAUUAUUGUCUUCAAGAGCGACAAGUCUGGACCUAUCGAGAAAGGAAGUGACAGGUUCAUCAGCCUGCAUCCGCGAUUGUUGUAAAGUGAACGUUGUACGUGUACUCAUGUGGUUCCGAGUCUUGGUCAUUGCGACUCGGCGCGGUCGAAUAUCCGCCGCAUAGCAUGUAUGAUGAUGUUUCGGAGGGACAAAGCUUUGCUC